GGGAAGGAUUGUAGUAGUUUCUGAACCAGUAGGAGUUGAAGGACUGCAGGUGAGCUGGGUUCGGGAGUAAAUACGUGCUAAGCGCCGCCUCGCAAAGUGGGGUGGAAGUAUGACUUGGUGAUAAAUUUAAGUCAUAUAAGUUGUACAUACCAACCCAGCAGUUGAGCCCAUGUUCCUCCUCUCGAUCUAGACAACCAUACGAAAACACAUUUCCUGAGAACCUGUUCAGCCCUGCAACAAUUUCCGAGUCACACCCACCCCCGACCUCAUGAGAAACAGCAGAAAACAUUCCUACUUCAUCCUCGGCAACACGGACCACGCCCCGGAUGGAUCAAUCUGCCUGGGACAGAUCAUCACCGACCUGCGCAAACCGUAUUGCCCUCUGGCCCCUGCCCGCCUGCCGCUCCCCAAGACCCACUGCGCCCUCCAAACAGACUACACGUGUUCGCAGUCGUCCACCAAAUCCCGAUCGGGCGGGGUGACCUCCGCAUUCCUCGCACAGCUGGGCUCGCCGCUGAGUGCGGAUGUUAGUAUCUGCUCGGGUCGCGUCGAGACGGAGGAGUGGCAUUUUGACCGGCUCGAGACUCGAUUCAUCGAGCCCGAAAGGGAAUAUGUCCUCGGGAGCGUGCUGGCCGCAGACCCCAACCCGGUGAGGGAGUACCUCGAGCGCGGGAGGUAUCUCGGCAAGUCGGUAUAUAUGAUCACCGGGAUCAAAGUGGGGAUGGGACUGCGGUUCCAGCGCUCCAGUGGGCGAGAACGCGCGGUUGAUGCUUCUGUCUUGGUCGAUGCUUCCGCACUGGCGGGGAUUCCGGUGCAGGCGGGGCCGACGGGGGGAUUCAAGCGGCACGGGGAGGUUCGCGAGAGUUUUCAGGUUCGCGACGAGUUUGUGUUCGCAUAUCGGGUCCGGAAGGUCUUUGUAAGUUGGCGGGAUCCGAAGAGGGUGGGUUCACAGGAGGUUUAUGGUGGGGAGUUGAUGGGGACUGGUGAUGAUGAUGAAUCUGAUGACGAUGUAGAAGACAGCGAGGAAGAAGAGCAACCGGGAGAGAUUGAUACAGUGACCUUGGAGGGGUGGGAUGUGGGAUCGUUGUAUGUGCCAAAGGGGUUUGAGGAGGUCACUGUGCAGGAAGAAGGCUCCGGGGAGGAGUGCCAGGUCUUGAAGUGGUCCGAUUGAUUUUCAGAUAAGUCUCUUGUUAGAGCUUUGUAUAUCAUCAAGACUCUUCUGAAAACUUAUACUAGCUGGCUCGUGUGUCCCUUCCCCCUUCAAAUGUGUUGGUUCUUCUCACUCCCCCCUUACCUUAGGGAUCCUCGUUGAGUGUGGUGGAGAUGAUAUUGCGAAAUUGUGUCUUAUAGGACUGAAAUCUGCUCCUAGCUCCUUCCCAGGGCACAAGAAUGUCGUAGUUUCCAGUCUCCACACUCAUCCCCUUAAACAA